GCACUUUUCCACUGUGACACAUCCUUUCGGGUGAACUCCGACAUGCUCUCUGUACUGCUCAGAAGUUUCCAACCUUAUUAUAAAAAUGUCGUUUACCGUGGCUUACCUACAGCUGUAUCCAAAUCCAGCGUGACCAGUGGCGACCAUCGGAGUUUCGAAACAGUAAUGAUGUAACGAAACCUCGUUUGCAGAAUCAUGUGAUUUGCCCAAUUUGAUACACGCUCCAAACCACUGAUUCAAAACAAAAGAGGCAAUUUACUCUGUCCAGUCCACCUACUGAUGAGCUUUUUUUGGAGAUAAGAGGAAACCGGAGAACCGGAGGAAACCCCCACCGAUAGUAACCUGAGCUCAGCAUCAAACCCCAGUAACCGGAAGUAUAAGCCACGACUGCGCAUGACGUCAUACGCACACUAGCAUCAGCAGACACCCAGAUUCACGGACAGUGACUCUUCAAUUUACUUUCUGUCAGCAUUACUUUUAUUCACAACAUGACCUCAGGCCUCAUCAGGUGGAAGUGAAAUCGUCACGUGGCUGAGGAACAAAGUCCUCUAAGGCAGGGAUGCAUUUUACACACAGCGGAAAUCAAACUGAUGCACGAGGACAAACUUUAGUUUAUAUCCAAAAUACUUCACUGUGUGUAAGGGGCAGGGGAAACUGGUGCAAGCUUCUUAAAAGGUCUCCUAGUGUGAUGUCUCUCGGUGACGGGCCCUUGAAGGGCAUAACGAUUCAGCACCUCAGCAAGGGUAUCACAUUCUAUGUUAACGAGAGUACGGUGAAACUUGUGGACAAUGGUCAAGCCAAGCCACUGCUUUUGAUGCUGCCAUGGCUUGGCUCGAGGCCUCAAGCUCAAGCCAAGUACUGCAAUAUCUACCUUAGAACAGGCUUUGAUGUGCUGGUGGUGGAGAGCAAUGUGAGUACUUUCCUGUGGCCUCGCUGGGGCCUGGAGCAAGGUUCACAAGUGCUGCAGCUGCUGGAGAGCGAGAGCUUCUCAAAGCGCCCCCUGGUGGUUCAUGCCUUCUCCAUCGGAGGAUACACAUUUGCUCAGCUGCUUGUUCACAUGGCCAAGGACACUCAGCGCUAUCAUGGCCUGAUCAACAGAGUUAGAGGGCAGAUCUACGAUAGUCUGGUUGUCGGCUCGCUGGAGCACAUGGCUAUAGGUCUGAGUAAGACCAUGACCCCUCGUUUUGAGCACCUGAUGACAUGCACCAGCCUCCUUUACUUCCACAUGUUCAAACGGCAGACGAAGGACUACUUCAACGUGAGUAUUGACGUGUUCUGGAACACGCCUCUGACCUGUCCUGCGCUUUACUUCUUCUGUGGCAACGAUAUCCUGUGUGACCCGGAGGCCAUACAGAAGGUGCUGGAACACUGGAAAUGGCGGGGUAUUCCUGUGACGGUUAAGAAGUGGGAGGAGUCUGUCCAUGCCGGGCAUCUACGCGCCCAUCCUCAGGAGUACCUGUCAGUCCUAGAACAAUUCCUCUGUUCUCUCAACUUGGUAUCUCUAAAAGCUAAAAUGUGAAUUCCUUUUUCAAUAUUUCAUACCCCCCACCCUGCUUCAUGAAGCAGUGUUUCAAAAGCGGCCAUCAUCACAUUCACUCGUACUGCUAGAGGCAAUUUACUCUGUCCAGUCCACCUACUGAUGUGCUUUUUUGGAGGUAAGAGGAAACCGGAGAACUGGAGGAAACCCCCAGAGACAGUAACCCGAGCUCAGGAUCAAACCCCAGGUGCGACCCACAACCUGCAACACCACCAUGCUGUCCCAAAUCCAUAUUCCAAUAUGAUAAAAAAAAACCACCAAUGAUCUUAACAUGAAAUGAAAUGAACGCAGAAUCAAGCAAACUCCGCAAUAUUCGGAGGAGCUUGCGAUUUUUCAAAAACACAGCAGAUUUUCUGCAGAUCUGGGCCAGCACUUGUCAUGUGACGUGUGUCCAACAUGAGUACAGCUGAAAGGUUUCAUUUACCAACAAACAUCACUGCGAAGCAAUUUUGCGCAAUUGCAAUUUUGCCAAUUCCAAAAAAGCAUGUCAAUAACAGUGUGUUUCUCUCUUAUUUGUGUUGUGUUUAAAAAUUCAUUUAUAUGUCACUAAACCUAUACAAUAUUUUAUUAAUAAAUAUUUGAUCGUAUUGCUGUUA